AUGGGCUUACCAUGCCAAGAUGCAAAGACGCUUGUCAUGAUGGAAGAGGAUGCGGGGGCUCGCCCAAUGAUGAUCAAUAUCACAUAUUCAACUCAAACAAAGAGGAUCAUGAAGAAAAAUAAGAGUCAAAAAGAAGAAGAAACACGGAAAAGAAAGUCUAAUAGAGGUUUAGGUUCUUAUCCUAAACCUCUUAUAAACUUCAAAAUGAACGAGACUGAUCCAAAUCUGUCAUACAAUAACUUUAUCCAACUCAUGACUUCUCUAGAAUAUCGCCAAACGAUUUUGAAGACAGCAAUUGUUAACUACUGGAAUCGGAAGACAGUAUUUAAAAGUACAGGUCUUUAUGAAUUCCUUAAACAAAUCGAUGUUAAGCUUAGCUUACAGCCUGGCGACAAGCGUUAUUUGCACUCAACAUAUGCAAAUCACGUUUUGUUUCUAACCAAGUUGGCAACACUUAAUAUUCACGUGCGCAAUAAAGCCAAAGCUGAAUUUGAUAACUUCAAGGUAAACUCGACAUCCCCAGAAGUCAUAGAUUUCUGGAAUAAAGUACAAGAGAAAGAUCAACGGAUACAAGCUUACAAAACUAAUAUCGAUCAGGAUACACUAAAUGAGAAGUCUUAUCUGAGUUCUCUUCAUAUUAAGAGAUUGCAAGAUGGUUGCGAGAAUGACGUUCUGGAGUCGUCUGAUAGUGCUGAAGAGAGUUAUGACACGAAUGGCGUAGAAAAAAUGAUUCCCGCUGAAUCUCAUGAUGUUGCAGAGGAUCUUACAACUGAUGAAUCUGCCGAGUUGUUUGCGAGUGAUGCAGAGAUUCAUGACCUAAAUGAAGAUCUUUACAUAGAAAAAGUGGAAUCCCAAGAAACUUUUGGUCAUAUUAAGCAAUGGAUCUUAUCCAGCGGGACAGAUGUUGCGGUUGUAUUAAGGGAGUAUGCUCAAAAUAUUCCAGAUACUCAAAAAAAUUUAAAUCCCGUUUACUGGGGAAUUUUAGAUCUUACGGGCGAUCACAUCGAAACAAAAGCUCUUUUUACACUUCAAGAUUGGGAGGAAAUGGUAGAAAACUUUGAGCAAGAGGUCAAGCUCUCAAAGAUUGCAAUGCCUGAGAUUUUAUGUUGCCUUUUCGAUGAAAUUCACAAGAUUGUAAAUAGCAGUCAAAAUAUCAGACAUGAAAUUGAUCGUCUUUCUCCAGAAUCAAUAGCUGAGAAAUGCGCCAUUUCAUUAAACAAUAAAGACUAUGAUCUCAUUCUUGCUGUUAAACAUACCAUUUUAACAUAUAUUGAGAACCUUACCGGUGUCGACUUGCCGAUAUCAGAAUCAGACUUUGACAACUCAUUCCCUAACAUGUUAAUGAAAAGGUUUCUUGAUAAGGCAGAGCUUAAGAUAGAUGUAGGUGAAAUAUGCUGCUGGGCUUCUGCUAAACGACGAAACGAAGGGCGUUCAACUAUGCUGCGAGCUCGAAUUGGACAAAAAUGUGAUUUUAAAGGAACCCUGAAAAAUAAUAUUGAUAGUCUGGAAGCAAUUGUUGGACUGAGAAGUGGCGGUCUCCCUGAAGCUCAUCGAAAAAAAAUUUUUGAAGACCAUAUUGAUUUAGCAGUGACAAUGCGUGACAUAUUGAGCGAAUUUUUUCAUGCAAACCCAAAUUCCCCUGAUGAUAAAUUGCAUCAGACCUUUAUUCUCGGCAUACAAUCUUGGGGAUGGGUAUACAAUGUAUUUGCCAUGGAUUGCAAGGCAACAAACGUUUGUCGGUUUAGCAGACUUCGUAGAACAAAGUUGCCAAAUACGAUGCGUAUGAUUGCAUGCUUAGAGGAAUUCUAUGCGACUAUUUCUGACGUAAAGGCUACCCUGAAAGUCAUUUGCGAUAGGGCGAAUAAUGUCGCGCUAGCGAAUGCUCAAGUAUACAGAAUAGAGAAAAAUAAGAGAAAUGAGGGAGAUGAUAAUGAUGAUAAUGCUACGGUUGGAGGUUGCUUCGGAGAUGUGAUGGGGACGCCUAAUAAGAAGAAACGUGAUGACGGUUCAAAUAACCAGAAUUUGACAUCAUACAGAUACUUACUUUAUGAUUGA